GUUUGUUGUUGGCGGAAAAGGAGAGGGGAAGAACACUUCUGGAUUUGUUUGUCUUUUAUAAAGUUCUGCUUUGUAUCUUAUCUUUUUUUAAGUAUUUGUCUCAGAGAGGAUUAGAUUAGUCUCAUCGGCUAUCCUUUACAAGCGAUUUGUACGAUAAAGGUAAGUUAAAGUUUGCUAACAUCAAGUCGAUUUGCCAAAGAACUUUGCUGACUAGCUCAGCUAGCUAACUUUAGCUAAGGUUAGCCUAGGUUGAAGAUGGGAUAUAUUUUGAACCUAGACGUUAACUAAGUUAGCUAAACAAUAAGUAGCUAGGUAGUUCAAAGUUAUCUUCUAAUAUAUAUAUAUAUACUGAACAAAAAUAUAAACGCAACGAUUUCAAAGACUGCUGAGUUACAGUUUAUAUAAGGAAAUCGGUCAAUUUAAGUAAAUAAAUUAGGCCCUAAUCUAUUUACAUUUACAUCAUUUAGCAGACGCUCUUAUCCAGAGCGACUUACAAAUUAGUGCAUUCAACCUAUGAUAGCCAGUGGGACAACCACUUUUUUUCCUUUCUUUUUUUAUGGGGGGGGGGGUAGAAGGAUUACUUUUAUACUAUUCCAGGUAUUCCUUAAAGAGGUAGGGUUUCAAGUUCCACCAUUGGGGUGCCAGAGCAGCGAAUAGCUUUGACUGGGCUGAGCGGGAACUGUGCUUCCGUAGAGGUAGUGGGGCAGGUAGUGGGGCUAGCAGGCCAGAGGUGGAUGAACGUAGUGCCCUCGUUUGGGUGUAGCGUCUGAUCAGAGCCUGAAGGUAAGGGGGUGCCGUUCCCCUCACAACUCCGUAAGCAAGCACCAUGGUCUUGUAGUAGAUGCAAGCCUCUACUGGAAGCCAGUGGAGCGUGCAGAGGAGCGGGGUGACAUGAGAGAACUUGGGAAGGUUGAACACCAGACGGGCUGCAGCGUUCUGGAUAAGUUGUAGGGGUUUAAUGGCACAGGCAGGGAGCCCAGCCAACAGCGAGUUGCAGUAAUCCAGACGGGAGAUGACAAGUGCCUGGAUUAGGACCUGUGCCGCUUUCUGUGUAAGGUAGGGUCGUACUCUGCGAAUGUUGUAGAGCAUGAACCUGCAGGUUCGAGUCACCGCUUUGAUGUUAGCGGAGAAUGACAGGGUGUUGUCCAGGGUCACACCAAGGUUCUUUGCACUCUGGGAGGAGGACACAAUGGAGUUGUCAACCGUGAUGGCGAGAUCAUGGAGCCGGCAGUCCUUCCCCGGGAGGAAGAGCAGCUCCUCUGGAAGGGUACCAAAAACUGUCUGCAGCAUUGAAGGUCCCCAACAACACAGUGGCCUCCAUCAUUCUUAAAUGUAAGAAGUUUGGAACCACCAAGACUCUUCCUAGAACUUGCCGCCCGCACAAACAGAGCAAUCGGGGGAGAUGGGCCUUGGUCAGGGAGAUGACCAAGAACCUGAUGGUCACUCUGACAGAGCUCCAGAGUUCCUCUGUGGAGAUGGGAGAACCUUCCAGCACUCCACCAAUCAGGCCUUUAUGGUAGAGUGGCCAGACGGAAGCCACUCCUCAGUAAAAGGCACAUGACAGCCUGCUUGGAGUUUGCCAAAAGGCAUCUAAAAGACUCUCAGACCAUGAGAAACAAGAUUCUCUGGUGUGAUGAAACCAAGAUUGAAGUCUUUGGCCUGAAUGCCAAGCGUCACGUCUGGAGGAAACCUGGCACCAUCCCUACAGUGAAGCAUGGUGGUGGCAUCAUCAUGCUGUGGGGAUCCUUGAUGAAAACCUGCUCAGGACCUCAGACUGGGGCGAAAUUUCACCUUCCAACAGGACAACGACCCUAAGCACACAGCCAAGACAACGCAGGAGUGGCUUCGGGACAAGUCUCUGAAUGUCCUUGAGUGUCCCAGCCAGGACUUGAACCCAGUGUAUUUAUUUUUAAUCAAUUUGCAAACAUUUCUAAAAAACAGUUUUUGAUUUGCCAUUAUGGGGUAUUGUGUGUAGAUUGAGGGGAAAAAACAAUUUAAUCAAUUUUAGAAUAAGGCUGCAAUGCAACAAAGUGUGGAAAAAGUCAAGGGAUCCGAAUACCCUCCGAAUGCACCGCACAUAUAAAAUAUAUUUAUGACUGGUCAUGGACUAUGAUCUAUGGACAUGACUGGGCAGGGGCGGUGGCCUGGGAGGGCAUCGGCCCACCCACUGGGGAGCCAGGCCCAGCCAACCAGCCAAUGGCUUUACUAUGGACAUAAAUACUCCUCAGCACCCCGCCCUCCCCCCUCUGACCAUCCUGCAGGUGAAGAAGCCCGAUGUGGAGGUCCUGGGCUGUGGCAUUGUGUUGUGACAGAACUGUACAUUUUAGAGUGGUCUUUUAUUGUCCCCAGCACAAGGUGCACUGGUGUAAUUAUCAUGCAGUUUAAUCAGCUUCUUGAUAUGCCACACCUGUCAGGUGGAUGGAUUAUCUUGACAAAGGAUAAAAUGCUCACUAAAUUUGAGAGAAAUAAGCUUUUUGUGCAUAUGGAAUAUUUCUGGGAUCUUUUAUUUCAGCUCAUGAAAACAUGUUGCGUUUAUAUUUUUGUUCAGUGUACAUUCUCCAAACUAGAAGCUAGCUAGUUGUUCAGUUCUGUGUCAUUUGAAUAGUAUACAAAUGAGUAAUAUCAGUAUAAAGUACCUUUUUUAUCUGCUUUUUUCCUUAUUAAAAACCUUGUUUCGACAUAGCUAGCUUGUCAAACCAGAGUUAGCAGAUUGCUAAACGUUAGCUAACUUGCCAGCUGUCCCAUGCACAGUAACUUGGUUAGCUGACAGUUGCUCUUCAGAAUAAUCAGUGUGUACUCGGUCAUUGUGCCUCUGCACCUUGACUGUCACAAACUGAACACUGGAAAAUGUGUAUUACAGAAACUCAAAAUAUGCUAAACAUUGUGUUGAUCACUCUAAAUAUUAACUUUGGUCACCUACAAUUUCCCAAUUACAUGUUAACAUUCCAGAACAGUCAUCAUGUGUGUCAAAAUUGUCACUGGUUUAAAUGCUCAUCUGUAUUUCUAGAUCCACAGUCCUCAGAACAAAUGGAAGUUAAUCCCUCUGUCUGCAAUGACGGCAACAGCACAGAAAGUCACGUCAAAGCCAACAAGCACAUUGGAAGGAGAAAACUAUCACGUGAGUGUGAUCUUGCAACAGGAAGUAGGGGCAUUGUUUCUGUGACCUUGUCUUUACCAGUUAUGUUAUGCCUUCUGUAUGGUAACUCUCAAUUUUUCUUCAGUGGAUGUGGAGAAUGACAUUGAGUACCUCUACGAAGCUGUUCCUCAGCUCUCCACAGUUUUCCACAUCAUAGACAAAAUUGGUGAAGGUAUGUAGUACUACUCUGUCUUCAUAUGCAGACAACUGCAGCUUAGACACAGUUUGGCAAUUAACAAGUAUCCGAAAAAAAUAGUAGUUAAAAAGGGGUUAUCCUAUAUCAGUUGAAGUUGGCAAAACAACAAAAUACGUUGUUUUAUUUAGGUACUUUCAGUUCAGUGUACCUGGGUGAGGCUCUGAUGGCCAAUGGGACGAAAGAGAAGUUUGCCCUGAAACACCUCAUCCCCACCAGUCACCCUGUGAGGAUUGCUGCAGAGCUCCAGUGCCUCACUGUGGCUGGGUAAGUCUCACACUUUACAAGCUCUGGGUGUAGGAACAAUAUUACCACAAGCACUAACAGUUUCAUUGACUGAUCCAGCCUUUAACUUGUAGAGGAACAUUCUCUCAACAAGUGCAUGAAUAGGAUUGCACUGUAUUAGUUUACGGGUUAGACCAGGGGUCUCCAACAGGUUGAUCACCAGCUACCAGUAGCACGCAGCCCACCUAUGAGUAACUCGCCAAACAAUUCUGAAAGUACAUGCAAUUUUCACGUGUUCCACCACAAACUGUCAGAAUCAAAUCUCAAGUAUCAGACAGUUCAAGCUCCCAGCUACAAUCUAAUCUAAUCAACGCAACAUUGACAUUAUCUGAUCCCUGGUUAGCCACUAUUGGCUUAAAAAGCCAAACCUAACACACUAUCUGCCAAUUAAUUUCCUGCAAUAUUGCACAUUUGUCUGUGUGGUGCGCACGUUUAUUUAUCAGUAGAUGUGAUAACCGCCUUGUGGGUUGACAGAUACUUUCCCUAAAACCUUCUCAAUCAAAUUUUAACUGCAAAGUAGGUUUACCUGGCAGAAGUAUAUCAUUUGUGUCUAUAAUUUGUUAUUUGCCAACUUGGCCAUGAAAUGAGCAGCAUCAGUACAGAACCAUCACUAGACUGGAAAAUUCCUCACUCCUCACUAAAAAAAUCUAAAUGUGUUACUUUUCUUACAGACCUAAAGUAUUCGGAUGUGAUUUAAGCAUUUACAUGGACUCAGAACAUCAAAUUCAAUAUUUCUCUAUGAACAAUUGUAAUUUUAAGAGUGAAAAAUAAAACUGAGAACAGAAUUUAGAAAACAUAAAACAUAAUUUAUUGGGGGGGGGGGGGAGCAGAAUCACAUAUUUUUUAGGGCUCCCCUUAGUUGUUUAUUAACCAUUAUUUUACCUGGUAUAUUGACAGGAAACCGUGCACUACUUUCUCUUGUACACAAAUGACUAAUGUUACUUUUAUUUCGUAUUAUUUUAUAUAGUAUUUUUUUAUUUUUUGGUAUUCUUUCUUAAAACUGCAUUGUUGGUUAAGGGCUUGUAAGUAAGCAUUUCACUGUAAGGUCUACACCUGUUGUAUUCGGCGCAUGUGACAAAUAACAUUUGAUUUGAAGAGUUCCAGGUGAGAGGAGGAGAAUGUGACUAUUUGAAACCUAGAAAAAGGAGCUCGCAACAUGUUUUUAAAAGUAGCUCUGAUGCUAGAAAAGGUUGGAGACCCCUGGUUUAGACAACACAAUGUUCUCAAAAUGUUUCUCUUCCCUCUUAAGUGGAAAAGAAAACGUCAUGGGUGUGACCUACUGCUUCAGAAAGGAUGAUAAUUGUGUGAUUGUUAUGCCUUAUAUGGAGCAUCAAACCUUUGUGGUGAGUCAGUACUGUGUAGUUGGAUACCUGGUGUGUGUUUAUACCUUGUUUGGUGUGUUUUAUUUGUGGCAUAGCACUAGCAAUGUGAUGGAAAUCUUUCUCCUAUCAGGAUAUCAUUGGCCUGCUGAGUUUCGAGGAGGUGCGUCAGUAUAUCUACCACCUGCUGAAAGCCCUCCAACACAUCCACCAGUUUGGCAUCAUCCACCGUGACAUCAAGCCGACCAACUUCCUAUACAACCGUCAGGAGAAGAUGUGAGUACUGACUACCUCUGUAUCACUGGAGCUAACUUUCGGCUCUAUAUGACUGGAAUAAUUCAGUCAGUCAGGUCCAGAGAUCAUGUCUUCUGGUCUGAGGUCAACACAUUGGUUUCAUGAUGGUUUGCAGGUUUGCCCUGGUGGACUUUGGGCUGGCACAGGGCACGGCCGACACCCAGAUCGAGCUGCUGAAGGUGGUGAAGCAGAAGACCCAGAAGGGUGGGGGCUCCACGGGGAAACCAGAGACCUCACAGGGGAAACGGGCACCAACCUCCCUAGCCCCACCUCUACAAUCACUUUCACACCCCAAGACCCCAGCACCUCACUCUUCCUCUUCCACCUCUUCUUCCACUUCCACAAAACCACUGGAUAAGAGGGUGUCCACAUUCACCUCCACCACCCGCUCUAAACACACAAAGGUGUCUGCUCUGGCUCUACCGCUUGCUCUUCAUUUGGUUACAGUGGUUAUUAUGGUAUUUGUCUAUAGGCUUAGUUUUUAUUAACUCAUUGACCUUGUAGUUAUUGGACCAUACGGUGUUGUGAUACUCUUAAGACAUUUUGAACUGAAAACUAACUUCAGGGAUGUUGUAAUGUAUACAGUGACAUAAUGUAGUAUUUUUGCUUUAUGUACUUGGUUUGCGGUGUUCAUUAGUGACAUGAUGUGACUUAGUUGAUUUUUGAUUUUUUAAACCAGGAGCUCUCAGGUCUGUGUAAAGCACCGCGGGCCGUGUUUGGAGAGAGGAACCUGAAUAGCUGUACCCCCGUCCCCACCAAAACCACUGACCCCAAGAUAGAGGUAGGAACUACUUACCUUCUCUCCUUACAUUCUAUCCACGGCUACCCUGUUGUCCAAUCCACGGCUACCCUGUUGUCCAAUCCACGGCUACCCUGUUGUCCAAUCCAUAGCUACCGUGUUGUCCAAUCCAUAGCUACCCUGUUGUCCAAUCCACGGCUACCCUGUUGUCCAAUCCAUAGCUACCCUGUUGUCCAAUCCACGGCUACCCUGUUGUCCAAUCCACAGCUACCCUGUUGUCCAAUUGUUAUGAGAAUUAUUUAACACACUAUUUCAGUGUCUCGGUGCGUCUCCCAAAAGGAUCAAGAAACGGACAGAGUCCCGUCUGCAUAGUCAGAGAUGGUUAUUCAUUGAGAAUUCUGUUAUCACAAUUCUUUCGUUAUCACAUCUUUUAUACACACACGUCAAACAAAAAUCCCACCCCGCUGUAGGCGGGCUGUAUAUUUCCACUGUACCUGGGUUUAGCUCAUGUUUUCUUCUGCUCUCCUAACCAUCAGGUCACACACACAUGUUCUUAUCAUAGGCUGCAUUCCUUAGUUAUCGCCGUCCUCACAAUAUCCUGCACCAUAUUUCAUACUCUUUAACAAGCCUAACGGUUUCUCUCCUCCCUACAUUGGGAGGCCUCUUUAUCUUGGUUUCUCAGUUGUCUGUAGACAGUUCUCCUUGUCCUUUGUUGUCUGGCUUAACUCUUACUCACAUUGCUAAAUAGUAGCACAAUGUCAUAAUCUUUACUGGUCCUACACUCACACAUUACCAGGUAGUAGAUUCUAACACAUUUCACACAGUUUCAAAGUGUAAUAAUUAGUCACUACUAAGAAAGUACUAAUCAUACUUAAAACAAGAACAUUUCACAACUAUAUUUAAGGGUGGAACAUUUAGUCAUUACUUUUAACCUGUAUAUAUUUUAAUUUCUAUAUCACCAAUGUGUAUGGAACACAUUUGAUUGACAGAUAUAUUGCCGCACAAGUUUGGUAUACUUUUCAGUUCUCUCUUAGCUAGCUGUAACUCUGUUUUAGUCUUUUGGAGAUGUCACCAGCAAAUACAUGUUUCUGAAUUCUCAGUCAGACUGCCCUCCAACAGUGACAAACCAGACUGUGAACAUGCCCGCUGCAGAUUUCCUCAGAUCAUAACAGUCCUUUGUCUCUGUGUUGGGCCAGCUGGUGAAGUCCACCAAAACAGAGGACCCCGCCACGCGCAAGUUUGUCACUGCCCACCGGCGCCCCCUACCUGUCAAGACCCCUGUCAGCAACCAGAGACCCAACCAGAGGACAACCCCUGCUGCGGUCAACCUGGGCUUCACCUGCAGCUGCUACACCACCGACCGAGUCUGUAACAUCUGUAUGUCCAGGAAACAGCAGGUGGCCCCCAGGGCCGGAACCCCAGGCUUCAGAGCACCAGAGGUCCUGACCAAGUGUCCCAACCAGGGAACAGGUAAGGCUAACACAGAUAAAGCACACAGACACCAUCCUCAGCAGUACUACACCUCACAUCACUACUAUUACUCCUCUCCACUGCAAUAUCGCUCUCUGUAAUAUAAAUAAGAAUGUGUUCUCAGUUGUAUUUAUCAAUCAUAUUUGAUUUUCACCCCUGUCUCCCUGCAGCCAUAGACAUCUGGUCAGCUGGUGUGAUUCUGCUCUCCCUGCUGAGUGGCAGGUACCCCUUCUUCAAAGCCAGUGACGACCUCAUCGCCCUCACACAGAUCAUGACCAUCCGAGGCUCCAGAGAAACCAUCCAGGCUGCCAAGACGUUCGGUGUGUAUUCGUCUUAUCGACUAUGUUUGACAGCCGUUGUCGGUGGUGAUGACACUGUGAUGUCACAAACGAUGGUUUAGCAUAUUUGAACUUGACUUUACCACCGGAGUCUGGCAGCGUACAGCAGCGCAGCAGUGAAUACACAGCAGGGUGACAUACCAAAUGGCCUAUUCCCUAUUUGCCAUAGCCUAAAUGUUCAAUACAUAUGUGGUAGGUUGACUAUUAACAUAAUGCAAGAGAACAAUGUGGAUUUUAGAAAGAGCGGAGAGCACCAAAGCAGCAUAAAAUGUCAGAUGGGGCCCGACGUGUUUUUUUUCCCCUCCUCCAAUGUCGGAUGAUCAUGGGCCUUUUGCAGCGGACACUCCGUUGUCUGGCUUAUUGUUUUAAAAUCUUAAUUUUAAAGAGAUUUUUCUCCCAAAUUCCCAUUUGAUUUGCAUGUGACUUUUUGGCCUAGGAAUAGCCUACUCUUUCAUGAUCAACCAUGGAAUGAAUCUAUAGGCCUAACAGAGUUCCAUCUCAGAAAGUUGUCUGUGAGUAGCCUAAAUAUAAACAUAGUAUAGUAAUAGUGAGAGAAAGAGAAACUAAUCGAAUAGCUUCCUGAUACGUUUCUGCUUUACUUGACCAAAGUGUAUAUGGACAAUAUACCACGGCUAAGGGCUGUUCUUAGGCAUGACGAGGUGCCUUAUUGCUAUUAUAAACUGGUUACCAACGUAAUUAGAGCAGUAAAAAUAACUGUAACCCGUGGUAUACGGUCUGAUAUACCAAUGCUGUCAGACAAUUAGCAUUAAGGGCUCGAACCAUCCAGUUUAUAACAUUCUUUAUAACACUUUAAUGAACGUUGGCUUAGCCCUAUUCUUUUCUUUCAGUUUAUCUAUUAUCCAUAGCCUUUUGCCUAUCGAACUGUAAAAAUUAUAAAUAUACAAUCAGAUAAAACAAAUUCCUAUAACACUUAAAAAUGAAUGAACAUUUGCAUAGGCUAAAAACGAAUAGGCCUUUUUCCUAACUAACAGUACAAAUCCUAAAUGUAGGCCUACAAAUUACAAAAUAAAAGUAAGUACGGAAAUAUUUUAGCGUAUCCUAUAGGCUAUGUCUUUCGAAAAAGAUGCAUCUGGAUUUGAAUAAAGGCUACAUUAAAAAAAAAAAAGAGCUUAGCGAACUUGUAAAUGUUUGUAGUCUGUCUAACCUUUGCCCUGAUAAUCUUUUUGUAUAUUCUGCAAGUGACGUCGAUCAGGUCUGCUGGCUCACCUUUUAUAUUCGUAAUUCGGCCUGAAACCAAAGAACUGCCAAACGUGCGAAGACGUGAGUUUCUUUCCCACCAAGUCAGCCAUGGUUUUUGUCUGAUUUUUAGUGCAAGGCAGGCUAUACUGACCACAGCUAAUACAGCUAGUUAUGCGCGGUGGUGUACAACAAAAGGAACCAAGGUGAAACAUAGAAACGUCGGAACGUUGCUAGGGAAAUUACCCAAGAUGCGCUGUGAUUUCGAUGCUGAAUAUCAUACAUUUUUUAUCUUUAAUCAGUGUUAUGUGCAACUUUUACAAGUUUUGAAUCACACAGUAUUCAUGUUUAUAACAUCUCCAUAAUGUAGCAGUUCUGGGUCACGGAACAACACAUUUUUGGUGGGUGGCCCUUGGAUAUAGUGUAAGGCAGGCCAGCAUUUGUGCGUUUGGAAGCUUUUGAGCUUCACGGAGGUCUUCUGUGGCCUGGAGCCAGUGCAGAGGACAAUAUGUAGAUGUUGCUCCUAAAUAGACAGAGACACGGGAAAACAGUCAAUUACUGAACCAUUGUGUGUAUUGGAAAGAUACAUACAGUUAAUUGAAAUGUUACAAGCAUUAUUAACUCAGCAAAAAAAGAAACGUCCCUUUUUCAGGACCCUGUCUUUCAAAGAUAAUUUGUAAAAAUCCAAAUAACUUCACAGAUCUUCAUUAUAAAGGGUUUAAACACUGUUUCCCAUGCUUGUUCAAUGAACCAUAAACAAUUAAUGAACAUGCACCUGUGGAACGGUCGUUAAGACACUAACAGCUUACAGAUGGUAGGCAAUUAAGGUCACAGUUCUGAAAACUUAAGACACAAAAUAGGCCUUUCUACUGACUCUGAAAAACACCAAAAGAAAGAUGCCCAGGGUCCCUGCUCAUCUGCGUGAACGUGCCUUAGGCAUUCUUCAAGGAGGAAUGAGGACUGCAGAUGUGGCCAGGGCGAUAAAUUGCGAUGUCCGUACUGUGAGACGCCUAAGACAGCGCUACAGGGAGAGAGGACGGACAGCUGAUCGUCCUCGUAGUGGCAGACUACGUGUAACAACACCUGCACAAGAUCGGUACAUCCGAACAUCACACCUGCGGGACAGGUACAGGAUGGCAACAACUGCCCGAGUUACACCAGGAACGCACAAUCCCUCCAUCAGUGCUCAGACUGUCCGCAAUAGGCUAAGAGAGGCUGGACUGAGGGCUUGUAGGCCUGUUGUAAGGCAGGUCCUCACCAGACAUCACCGGCAACAACGUCGCCUAUGGGCACAAACCCACCGUCGCUGGACCAGACAGGACUGGCAAAAAGUGCUCUUCACUGACGAGUCGCGGUUUUGUCUCACCAGUGGUGAUGGUCGGAUUCGCGUUUAUCGUCAAAGGAACGAGCGUUACACCGAGGCCUGUACUAUUUGGAGGUGGAAGGUCCGUCAUGGUCUGGGGCGGUGUGUCACAGCAUCAUCGGACUGAGCUUGUUGUCAUUGCAGGAAAUCUCAACGCUGUGCGUUACAGGGAAGACAUCCUCAUCCCUCAUGUGGUACCCUUCCGGCAGGCUAAUCCUGACAUGACCCUCCAGCAUGACAAUGCCACCAGCCAUACUGCUCGUUCUGUGCGUGAUUCCCUGCAAGACAGGAAUGUCAGUGUUCUGCCAUGGCCAGCGAAGAGCCCGGAUCUCAAUCCCAUUGAGCACGUCUGGGACCUGUUGGAUCGGAGGGUGAGGGCUAGGGCCAUUCCCCCCAGAAAUGUCCGGGAACUUGCAGGUGCCUUGGUGGAAGAGUGGGGUAACAUGUCACAGCAAGAACUGGCAAAUCUGGUGCAGUCCAUGAGGAGGAGAUGCACUGCAGUACUUAAUGCAGCUGGUGGCCACACCAGAUACUGACUGUUACUUUUGAUUUUGACCCCCCCUUUGUUCAGGGACACAUCAUUCCAUUUCUGUUAGUCACAUGUCUGUGGAACUUGUUCAGUUUAUGUCUCAGUUGUUGAAUCUUGUUAUGUUCAUACAAAUAUUUACACAUGUUAAGUUUGCUGAAAAUAAACGCAGUUGACAGUGAGCGGACGUUUCUUUUUUUACUGAGUUUGUUCCUCUUAGUCAUGUCACUGAAAAAACAGCAAUAAGAGGCUCCAAUUAAUAAUGUAGCUUAGUUCAUAACUUUACAAAAAAAAGCAAACCUAUUUUUAAAAUGCUUUAAUUAUUUAAUCAAAUUAAUUUCCAAUGAUUUACCAGCCAUAAGGGCAGGAUGCCGCUGGAUAAUUUAAAAAAAGUAAACCCAAAGUAAAGUACAGCAGAGUCUGACCAUAACAUGACCAUUAUUCAACCACAGGUAAAUCAGUGGUGUGCAGCCGCGAGCUCCCCCGCCAGGACCUGAGGACCCUGUGUGAAACCCUCAGAGGAAGGAGACCAUCCCCGGACGAUGAGGCCACACCACAUCCCCACAGAGACACUACCACAUGCCACCAUGACACCCCCAUCUCCACUGAUCUCCCUGGGGAGCCUUCCAGACAGCACCACCCAGAGGAGGACCAGACCCUAGCUGAGCCUGAGGCCCAGGAUGAGAGGGGCUGGGACAGGGUGCCUGAUGAGGCCUACGACCUGCUGGAUAGACUGCUGGGCCUGAAUCCAGCCAAACGCAUCACAGCUGCACAGGCACUGCAGCAUCCACUUUUUACUGACCUCUGAGAUUACUCUACUGGUGUUUUCUCCCUGUUGUUUUUACUCCUCUUUGCCAACACUGCCAUUGUCCCCAUUCCCAGCCAAGGAGUGUAUGAAUUUCAAAUAUGUGUUAUGUGAAGAUGUGCUGUUUACUUUAAUUGUUCUGUGUUGUUACCCUUUAAUUUAUGAUUGUCUUCUUAUUAUAUAUAU